CAUUUCAAGGUUGCUUCAUAUUAAACGUCAAAUUAAUAUCCAGCGAAGAUUUUCAAGCUGUUUAUACCAACAGGUUCUCACAAAAGCCGCUGUGGUCCUGCAUCCUCUGCGUGAUAAAGCACAGUGGAAACUCGAUGGCGACAGAAAGCCCCACCUUCUCCAUAUGGCCAGUGAACGUGACGGACAUCGUGAGCCUGCAGCCGGUCUGUAACCUGACCAGCGGCCGGCUGGAGAAAGUAUUCCUCCCGGCACUGUACUCGCUUGUCAUCCUUGUCGGGGUGCCUGCCAACCUCCUGGCCCUCUGCAUGUUCCUGCACCAAUACCGGAAGCACGGGAUCCUGGUUUACCUGAUCAACUUGGCCAUUGCCGACCUCAUCAGCUGCCUGACCCUACCCUUCCGGGUCUCGCUGCUGCUCCUGGGCGACCAGUGGAGAGAGAGCUCUCCCACCUGUGCCCUCACCAUGAUCAUCAUCAACUCCAGCUUCUACUACACUGUGAGCUGCAGCACCAUGUUCCUGGCCUUCAUCAGCAUCAGCCGCUACGCCAUGAUCGUGAAGCCCAACAACAGGCACCUCAACAAGUUCUACGACACCGGCUUCGCCCAGAGGGCCUGCACCAUCACCUGGAUCGUCACCAUCAUCCCCCUCCUCGCCCUGAACCUCAACUACUUCAUGCAGGAAGUGAGGCUGGCGGCCGACUCCGUCUGCUACAACGUGCAGCUGCAGUACGGCAAGAGGGUGUCCGCCAACGCCUUUGUCACAGUGGCCAUGAUCUUCCUGGUCCUGCUGGUGGCGUUUGCCUUCUCCUACGCCUCGAUCGGCGUGGAGCUGUGCACGGUGAGGAGGAAGAGCAUUAGUCAGCACAACCGGGUAGUCCACAUGCGGGCCCAGACGAUCAUCAUCGGUGCCAUGACCGGCUUCGUGGUCUGCCACCUGCCUUACCACGUGUACCAGAUCGUGGCCGGCCUGCACCGGCUGCACGGCAGCAGCUGCCUCUGGCUGCUGCAGACCCACCACGUCAAGCUCAUCACCCUCUGGCUGGUCUCGUUCAGCAGCUGCCUGGACCCCAUCCUCUACUUCCUCCUCUCAAAGUCCUUUGUGAAGCGCGGGACAAAGAGAGAAAGGAGUACCUAGUGCGGGCACCCACUGGGAACCAUGGUCUGCAGUCCUCUCCUGCUCACACUGACUUAACCAGCAGUGGACUGAUGGCUUCAUAACCAUUAUUGUUGAUGGGGGCACAGCCCAUGAUGGGGCGGGGGCAACAUUAAUGUCACCACGCCACCAAUCAAACCACCUCUUUGGACAAAACCAGGGGUUGAAGUUUACCGUAGCUAGAACAGUGACACUGCAUCUGAAAAAUAAGUCAGCUGGGGUGCGGACUAUAGUAGGCAAUUCUGUCGACUGUAAGAUUGGGACCUCACUGGUUUGUUCCAGCAUUCCGUAGGAUCAUAACUUUCUGUGCCUGACCUCCUUUUCCCAAAUCCCUAAAAUACAAACAAUGUCAGAUUUAAAUGAACCCUUGUCCCAGCAUUAACUUCAGCAUUGAACUGACUUCAUAUAUACUCACCCAUUAUGUGUAUAGGUGGCUACAUAUUUGGUUUGACCCCCAAAAAAUUGCUACUAAAGGUUUCUCAACACUUUUUUGUAGUAUCAGAUGCGCUUAAUAACAUAUCAAAAGUCUACCAUAGUCAGACCACUGGAAAGGUCUAAUUUUCAAGAUGGCGUCCAAGAUGGAUGCCAAAUCCUUAAAAUACCCAUUAUUCCUUCAUUAUUCAUCAUAGACAAAUAAUUUUGGUGCCUAACCCCAUGUUUUGGGGGUCUAGGAAUAUGAAUUUGAAGAUUUUAUUUUCCUGUCUUUUAAUUCUAGGCCAAUCCCAGUCUCUGUCUCACUCUCUCACUCUCUCUAUCUACCCAGUCAGUUCUCCAGUACCUGAAAACUGGGGUCGUCACCAUUUAACCUUUUAACUUCAACCUUGGUUCACGUAUUCUCUCCCCAAUCUCCUCGUCUCACAAAUCGUCCAGACAUCAGGAAAAUAACACACCAGGAUAAACCUGUAAGGCGCUGAGAGGAUCACGAAGGGACCAAGGAGGCAAACGUACAAGAACAUGGACAAGCCUCCAAAGUAAUAUUAACAGGUACAUUACGGACCAUAACAUGGGAGAGUGUUUCUCGUUGUGGCAUUUGUUGGUCACCCGCACGGAACAUCAUUUCUUUGCAACUUGCCCAAUGCUACGGCUUUCCCUGGGCACUCACUCACAUCCCAAAAGGCAUGCGAGUCAUUGGGUUACUUAGCUUCCGUAAAUUACCCCCAGGGAAGAAUCAGAGGGUGUUGAUGGGCCUGCACUGGAGAACAUAGAAGAGUACAGCACAGGAAUGUCCAUUCGGCCCACAAUGUCCAUGGCAAACGUGAUGCCAAAUCUCAUCUGUCUGCACGGGAUCCACAUCCCUCGAUACCCUUCCCAGUGAAGCCAAGCAUCUUCUACAAAACCCUGUCCAUCUGAAUCACCAUUUUCAGGGAACCAUGCACGUGUACUCCCACAGAUCGCUCAGUUCUGCAACACUCGACCAGGCUCCACCAAAGAUGAAUUGUUGCCAGGUGGAAGCUAGAGAAUUCAUGUUGGUAAAUUAAACUAAAGAUGGAGUUGACGUCGGAGAUGCUACUUCAGUUUUAGUGAUGUUCCCGCUAAUUGGUGAACAAGGGAAUUUCCGUAAUUCAUGGCUGAAAUAAUAUGUUAAAAGCUCUUUCCUCAUAUAGAAUAGCUGUGUGGACAUUCUGCUCUAGCUUACUUAAUCUUACUUUUAAUAAAUCUGUUUUGAAGAUCAAAACUCAACUCA